CUUAAAUGUAGGUACUUAAUCAUGUCCAAUUUUACAUAGCUACCUACAUGUACGUACACCAUUCCUUUUAAGUGAGUUCGACGUUUCAACAUGAAUAAUCCGUGGAAGCUGAUAUUUGUUAUUUUAUUUAUAUGUCAAGAAAUUACCGCGGCUCAGCCAUCGAACAACAAUUCCACAAAAUACGAUCUUACUAAUGUUUUAAACGAUGCGAUAUUAAGACUAUUCAAAGGUAGUGAUUUUUUUGAAAAAUUGGAAUCACAGAGACUCAUAAACCACUUAAUAUAUCGAAACAACGUAUACAAAAUUAACAAUUAUACCCAAAAACUACGACCAUAUGGAAAUACAAUUAAUAUAAGAAGAAAGUGUCGUUACGGAUCAUCAUCUUCAUUUUCGCGGAAUACAACUCAUCACUGGGAAUUUGCAAAAAAUACAUUCCAUAUGUUUUAUGGUGAGCUGAAUACCUAUAUAGUAGGACACGCCCAAGUAGAAGAACCAUGUUCUUAUUGGAAUUGCAGUUUCACAACCGCAUUUGCGGUAGACCACGACUACAAGAAUUUCUCGAUUAUCGCGACCAAAAUGUCAGCAAACUCGAGUUACAAUGAAAAUAUCUUUAUCAAUACAUCGUAUGAUCACUUGGAAAACGUUCGCGGUAUCAUACUAAUAGAUCACUCUAAACUAUCUUACAAACAACAUCUCAAGUUGAUAUACAUAAUUGGCUUGGAAUUACCAUCCAUAAUGCGCUACUUUUCCAUCGAUGAUGGCAAUUUCAAGCCACUAUUGGGCGAAGUAUUCAACCUACACCCUAAGCAGUACGUCAUUUCAGCCCGUCCUGAUUUUUCGACCAAUGAACAGCGCUACUAUUACCUCCUGCCAGACGUUCCUCUCAUACUCAUGAGUUUUAAAAAUAUCACCGUAAGAGGACUAUCAAAUUUCGAAUCGUACGUGAACCAAAAAGUAUCCAACGAUCUUGUUUACACCCUACACGUGAAGAAUGUAGGAGGAAGCAUGACUUUAGAAUCCAUAUUCGAACAUUUACCACAUCUUCAAUUGAAUUUCUUCAUUCGUGAUUUUUCAAUAUCGUUUGUUCCGAAAAACGACGAAUUUCGCGUGGAGGCGCAGAACUAUUCCAUCGUCGAAGACACUCCUCAGUCCACUACGUUGAUAUCAUCGUGGGUGCUGGAAUAUUCAACACGUAUCAUUCAGUUUAUUGAAUCAGCAAUGGCAGAUUCAUUAAUGCCCUCGAAAAAAGAUAAAGAAAAGUCAAGUUCAUUACCAUCCGACUUCUCACAAAUAGAAACUUCGUUCGUGGAACUUGUGAAAAAAUCUCACCCUCGGACAAGAUAAUUCCAAACCUGUUAAAUUACAUUACAGACAUGGAUCGAUCAGAAUAAUUUCCCCAAGUACAAGAUUGGAGAGGAGAAAUCUACACAGCGAAGAACCAAAGAAAAACUGCCCCAAAUAUCCUAUCGUUGAAUUAGAAGACAUAAUUCCAGAAGAAGUGUUUAGCUCAUCAACAUGAAUGUUCGAGGGAAAUGGAAAAUCAAAAAUGUCUAAAUAUUAUAACGUUAUUGAAUGUACAAUCAAAAUAAAACGUCACCUACCAAACACAGUUAGAUGGUGUAAAAAAUUGGGUCUUCAACAGAUUACUACCUCUCUCGCCUCUCUCCGAAAAACAUAUUUCAUUCGUCAAUUUAUUUCGAAACGAAAUUAUACGUUAAUAGAAACGGAUGAUUAAGAAGAUAACAUCAAAUUUAAAUUUCGAAACACGAAUUUUAAAUUAAACAAUACGGACGAUGAGUAAACAUAUCACAAGUAGACCAUCUCUCAAAUGGUAAGUGAGUUCAACGUUUCAACAUGAAUAAUAAUCUGUGGACUAAGAAGCUAGUCGUACUUGUCAUUUUAUUUAUAUGCGAAGAUUCGAUUAUCCCCGUAGCUCAGUCAUCGAGCAAUGAUUCCACGAAAUACGAUCUCACUAAUGUUUUAAACGAGGCGAUAUUAAAACUACUCAAAAGUACUGAUUUAGUUGAAAAAUUGGAAUCGCAUAUAAUCAUAGAAGACUUAAAAUAUUACGACGGUAUUUACCAAAUAAAUAAUACCGCAAAACUUCGACCGUUUGGAAAUACCAUCAACAUAAACUAUAUGUAUACUCAUACUUGCGGAUUAACAGUGGGCAUACGUUUCCUCAUGAACAGAAACCCACCAAAUACAGUUCGUUGGAAUUUUUCUAAAAAUAAAUUGCGUCUAUUCUAUGAUGAGCUGAGGUACUGGUUAGUGGGAGAUGUCCUCAUAGAUGAUCCGUUAUCGUAUUGGAAUUACCAUCCAUGGGAAAGCAAAUUUAAAGUGAACAACCUAGAAUAUAAUAAUUUAUCGAUUAUCGCAACGAAGCCACCGGAAGAUCAAAAGGACGAUAAAAAUAUAUCUAUCAAUAUGUCGUAUGUUCGUUUCAAAAACCUUGGAGAUAUCAAACUCAAAAAGCAUCCUAAACUAUCUUACAAACAACAACUCAAGUUGAUGUAUAUAAUUGGCUUGGAAUUACCAUCCAUGAUGCGCGGUUUAUUCUUCGAUGAUGGCGAUUUCAAUGUACUACUGGGUAAAAUAUUCAACCUGCACCCUAACCAGUACAUCAUUUCAGCCUGUCCCGAUUUUUUGACAAACGAACAGCGCUACUAUUACCUCCUACCAGACAUUUCUUUCGUGUACAUCUGUUUCAAAAAUAUCACCAUCAGAGGACUCUCGAAUUUCGAAUCAUUCGUGAACAAUCAAUCGUGGAGUAGACGAUAUUCAUCCUACGAUUUCGUUUACACCCUACAUAUAAAGAAUGUACGAGGAAACAUGACUUUAGAUCCCGGAUUUGAACAUGUACCCCAUUUUCAACUGAAUUUCUUCAUCGGUAAUCUUGGCAUAUCGUUUGUCCCGGAAAAAGGUAAAUUUCGCGUGGAAGCCCAAGACUAUAACUGUAUCGUCGAAGACACUCUCCAGCCCUCCAUGCUGAUAUCAUCUUGGUUGCCGAAAUAUUCAACAAGUAUUAUUCAGCUCAUCGAAUCAGCAUUGACAGAUUCGUUGAUGCCAUCGAAAAAAGAUAAAGAAAAUUCAACUUCAUUAUCAUCCGACUUCGCAGAAAUAGAAACUUCGUUCGUGGAACUUUUAAAAAAUUCUCACCCUCGGACAAGAUGAUUCCAAACCUCGUAAAUUACGCUACAGACAUGGAAUCGAACAAGCAGACACUAAAACAGUAAAAACGAGCAUACGACUAACAAAUUAUAAGCAAACAUACAGUUUUUAGUGAAAUGAUUUAUUUUAUUUGCAAAAUUAUUUUCUGUUGAAUUAAUCAAAAUAAAGCAUUACAAUAAAGGGGUGUACUAACAGAUUACUACAGGGUGUUCCAGAAUAACCUUUCACAUUUUGGUAACCACUGAUCUGUGUUCAAGUGGAGCUAGGGGAAUGGUAAAGGCGGUUCUAGGUAGCCAAAGCAUGCCGAAUUAUGUUUCAAUAGUUAUUUUUUGCCCUGGAGAAGUAGAUGGCUGUACAGUGUGCUUUUACUGUGAAGGCCUUUUUUAAAAAUAAAGGUUCCUGUAACUCUUUACUCCUUACUCAUCAGUAACGAAGCUCAUUUUUAUCUAAAUGGUGAAGUGAAUAAUUGGAAUGUGCGCUUCUAGUGUACAAAGAAUCAGUUGAUAAUACUUGAGAAACAUCUAAACCUCCGCCAAGUUGACUGUUUGGUUGGGCGUGGCUAAAUUCGGUAUAGUGGGACCAUGUGUGUUUAACGAAACAGUAACGGUGAGGGGUAAGGCAAAAUGUUAAACGAGUUUCUUGUUCCAAACUAAAAGACAGACGCGAUGUAAUAGAGUUACUUACUUCCUUCCAACAUGUUGGAACUACCAGGGAUGUACACAUAUGUUUAGCGCGUGAGCACUUCGGUCAUCAAAUAAUUUUGUUAUGGUCGACGUGUUGAACCAGAAAUUUAAUGGCCACCUUGAUCCCCUGACUUUUCAGCCUGCGAUUUUUUUUUAUGGAGUUAUUCCAAGUCAAAAGUGUAUUGAGAUAAAUCUAGGACUCUGAAACAGCUUCUAGGUUCAUGAGUCGCAACUGAUUGGAAGAGAAGUGUUCAAUAAUUUGAAAAAAUGUUUGGUUGAAUGUGUGAAAAAUGAAGGAAAAUAUCUCGAUGGAAAAAUUUUUAAAACUUCAUUUUUAAUGAAAACUCAAAUAUACGGUCUAAAAACGGCAUAUUUCUACUUCAUUUUGGUUGUAAAAGAAUUUUUGUAAACAUUUUUCUCUCAGAGUAAUAAAAAAAACAAAUGUGAAAGGUUAUUCUGGAACACCCUGUACUUCUCUCACCUCUCUGCGAAAAAUAUAUCCCACAAAAAAAUCUUUGAAAAAGAAUUCCUACCCCCGCCCGCCCACUUCAGGAAUAUUCAUCCAUUAAGGAAAUAAAAAAAUUGAAUAACUUGAAUAUUAUCAAAACAUAUUAUUUGAAAAAAAUUAAAAAUUUCAGAUUUCGUUUGUCAUUUUAUUUCGAAACGAAAUUAUACUUAUCUACGUACUUUAUUACAGACGGAUAAUUAAAAUGAUAACAUCGAAUUAAAUUUCCAGAUAUGAAUCUUCAAUUAAAUAAUGCAGACGAUGAGUUAUACCUACUUAAGUAAGUACAUAAUACUAUUCCUCAAAGUGAGCUCGACGUUUGAACAUGAAUCAUCUGCGGAUGUGGAAGCUAAUCGUACUUGUCAUUUUAUUUAUAUGCGAAGGUACAAUUAUUCCCGUAGCUCAGUCAUCGAGUAAUGAUUCCACAGAAUACGAUCUUACUAAUGUUUUAAACGAGGCGAUAUUGAAAAUACUCAACAGCAGUGAUUUAGUUAGAGAAUUGACAUCGCAAAUAUUAAUUUCGCCCGAAAUAAGGGAUUACGGCAGUAUUUACAAAAUAGAUAAUACCGCAAAACUUCGACUAUUUGGAAAUACCAUCAACUUGGAAGAAAUAUCUACACACGGACUAGGAAUAACUCAAUACUCACCAGAUACGAUUCUUUGGGAAUUUUCUAAAAAUAAUUUCCAUAUGUUAUAUGCUGAGCUGAGAUACUGGUUAGUGGGAGGUGUCGUGAUAGAUGAAUCGUAUUCGGAUUGGAUUGAUGAUCACAGGGGAAGCGCAUUUGGCUUAAAAUUCCACGAAUAUACGAAUUUAUCGAUUAUCGCAACAAAGCUGCCGGAAAAUCGAGAGGACGAUAAAAAUAUCAUCAUCAAUAUAUCGUAUGAUCGUUUGAAAAACCUUCGAGGCAUCGAACUGGAAAAACAUCCUAAACUAUCUUACAAACAACAUCUCAAAUUGAUAUACAUAAUUGGUUUGGAAUUACCGUACAUAAUGCGCAAUUUUUUCAUGAAUGGCGGCAAUUUCAGCGCACUACUGGGCAAAAUAUUCAACCUGAACCCGAAACAGCAUAUUAUUACAGCUUGUCCCGAUUUUCUAACGAACGAACAGCGCUACUAUUACCUCUUACCAGACAUUUUUUUGGAGCACAUGAGUUUCAAAAAUAUCACCAUAAGAGGACUAUCGAAUUUCGAACUGUACACGAAUGAUAAAUCGUGGAGUCGUCGAUUGAGUAAUUCAUCCAACGACCUCGUUUACACUCUACAUGUGAAGGAUGUACGAGGAGACAUGAGUUUGGAUCACAGAUUUGAACAUUUACAUUUACCACGUUUUCAACUGAAUAUCAUCAUCCGUAAUCUUUACAUAUCGUUUGUUCCAAAAACCGACGAAUUUCGGGUGGAAGCCCAAGACUAUUCUCACGUCGAUGACAGUCUCCUGCCCUCCACGUUGGUAUCAGUCUGGUUUCCAAAAUAUUCAACGAGUAUUAUCCAGCUGAUCGAAUCAGCAUUGAUAGAUUCAUUGAUGCCGUCAAAAAAAGAAAAAUCAAUUCCAAUGACACGUCAACUGGCCAAAAUGGAAGCUUCGUUCGUGAAAAUUUCGCUACGUAACAAGACGAUUCAGAAUCAUACUGGGUACCAAGAACAUGCGAGGUCUAAAUGUGGCAAAACAUUGUGCAAUGCACCUGAACAGAGCGCGGUUUUAAAAUAAAUAUCGUACCUAGCUUCGAGUGAAUGGCAAGAAAAAAGUCGUCAAUUUUCACUAAAUUCAACACAGACCUUCAUUUUGAAUUGAAAGUCACUCAGAAAAAUUUUUAUAGCACUGGAGAUGCUCCUGGAGGGGAGGCAUGGAUCCUCAAAAAAGGGACAUUUUCGUUCCUCUCUUUGGGGCCUGGAUUUUUGUUUUCUUCCCUUUUUUUAUACAAAGGUAUUUCUUCCACCAAGUUUUCAUUUUAGCUGAUCAGCUUGGGAAAUGUCAGAUAUUUCAACAGAAAUCCAAGAUUAUCAGGGUUCCCCUUCUUCGCCCCUCCCCGCAUUUCAUCCCGAUAAUAAUUAUAUCUACUUACGUCAAUUUAUUUCGAAACGAAGUUACUUCAAUAAAAACGAUGAUCAACAAGAUAACGUAUUAAAUUUUAUAACAUGAAUAUAUUAAAUUCGACCCAACUCCGUUCGUUCAAGUAAAAGUUCGACGUUGCAACAUGACUAAUCUGUGGAAGCUCGCAUUUGCCAUUUUAUUUGUAUGCAAAGAAAUCACUCCAGUGCACUUAUUGGAUAACACUCAUACAAAAUACGAUCUUACUGAUGUCAUAAACGAUGCGAUAUUUAGAUUACUACUGAUAAGCAACAAUUUGGUUGAAAAUUUGGAGCCGUUAAUAAAAUCAGAAAGCGGAACAAUUUACCUCGGCGUUGACAAAAUUAACAACACGCGAAAACUUCGAUCAUUUGGAAAGACAAUCGAGAUAAAAAGUAGGUGGUUACUUUACGGACCAGGUCGUUCACAUUGUACAAUUCGUUGGGAAUUUUCUAAAAAUGCAAUGAAUAUUCUCUGUUAUGAGCGAUACUACUGGAUACAAGGACACGUCCAAGUAGAAGAAUCAUAUUCGUUUCGGAAUUUCCAUAAACGUGACAGCGAAUUUAGUGCAUCACGCUACGUAUUCAAGAAUUUAUCGAUUAGCGCAACAAAACGGUCAGAAAACCAAACUGAAGACAGUGAUAUUUUUGUCAACAUAUCGUACGAUGAUUUGAAAAACCGCAAUGGUAUCCAACUCGAAAAGCAUCGUAAAUUAUCGUACGAACAACAUCUCAAGUUGAUAUACACACUUAGCUUGGAAUUACCAUCUAUAAUGCGCAAUUUUUUCACCAAUGGUGGCAAUUUCAGCGCACGAUUGAACAAAAUGUUCAACUUACACCCAAAACAAUACAUCAUUUCAGCCUGUCCCGAUUUUUUGACCAACGAACAACGUUACUAUUACCUCAUACCGGAUAUUCCUUUCGUGCGCAUGAGUUUCAAAAACAUCGCCAUCAGAGGACUAUCGAACUUCGAAUCGUACUCGUACGCGAACGAUCAACUUCAAUCAUCCGAUUUUAUUCCCAUCGUACAUGUGAAGAAUGUUGGAGGAAACAUGACUUUAGAUCCUGGAUUUGGACAUUCGUCUCGUUUACAACUGAAAUUCACUAUCCGUAAUCUUUACAUAUCGUUUGUUCCGAAAAAUGAUCAAUUCCAAGUGAAGGCGCAGGACUAUUCCAUCGUCGAAGACACUCCCCAGCCAACCACACUGAUAACUUCGUGGUUAUCGCAUUAUUCAACUAAUAUUAUUCAGCUUAUCGAAUCAGCGAUGAAAGAUUUAAUAAUGCCAGAAAGAAAAGAUAAAGAAAAACCAAUUUCAUCAUUACCGCUCUUCGCAGAAAUAGAAACUUCGUUCUUGGAAUUUUUUGAGUAAAUCUACAUUCAGACAAGAUGAUUCUGAACGUCGGAGCGAGACAACAGACGCAUAGAUAAAGGACAUGAAAUCGAUUAAGUAUAGAGAAAUUUCCUCGAGUACAAUAUUGAAGAAAGUAAACAUUUUUUUGAAUGUUUGAGGGAAAUGGAAAAUCAAUGUCGAAACAAAACAUUAAUAAAUGUAGAAUCAAAAUAAAAUAUUACAAAACAAGAUACCUACAUUAUAAUGUAAUGUACCACAAAUAAAUUACCUAUUUCACACGA